UCUCGAGAAGAUAAAAUAUUCUUUAACAAAACUGUUUUGUGUUAAAUAAAAUUCUUUAAAAUACAAUUAAAUUUGGAAAUGAUUUUACAUAGAAUUUUGGUGUCUACUUUGAAAAAAAAUUCAGAAUUAAAAAUGUGAAUUGUUUCUCUCUCUCUUAAAAUGUGAUGAUAAUUGUAUAAAAAUAUUGUCACGAGUAUAUUGUUGACCCUUUAAAACGUCACAGAGAAAGCUGCACGUGUAAAAACAUAACCUUAUAUAAAAGUGCACGUAAAUAAGUUUUGUUAUUGUAUUGUUAUUUUUCUAACACAUAAAAAAGUAAUUUAAAUUCGAUCAAAAUUCGAAACUCUUUAAAGAAUUUAUAAAUUAAUUAUUUUUAUUUACCCUUGGGGGACUUUAUCUAAAUACUACCCUAUAGAUAUUAAUUUAUCAUUUUUAAAAAUUAGGUCAUGAUUUCUGACAUAAUUCCAUUUUGGUCAAAAUAUUGGUUUUAUAUUCUAAUAUCAAUUUUUACUUAUAUGUACAUUUUGUGGAUGAUACCGAGGGUAAAAUCAAAAAUCGAGAACGAAAGAAAUAAAAAGAAAUACGAAACAGAAACAUCAGAUAAUGAAGAAGAAAAAAGUUUUUUAACCGAAGAAGAUGAAGACGAACCGGCAUUAAAUCCAAAAUUAGGAGACAUUCAUUUCAAUUAUCAACGACCUAGUGAAGCAAAAAUGCGAGAAAAAUCAAGAAAAUUUUUUGAAAUUGCUAAUUCGCGGAGAACUUUACGAUUUUUUAGUUAUGAUCCAAUUCCAAAGGAUGUUAUUCAUAAUAUUAUAAGAGCAGCUGGUACUGCUCCAAGUGGAGCGCACACUCAACCUUGGACAUUUGUCGUGGUAACUGAUUCCAAUAUCAAGGCAAAAAUACGCGAGAUUGUGGAAAGAGAAGAAGAAAUAAAUUACAAAAAAAGAAUGGGUAAAAAAUGGAUAACUGAUUUAGAAUUUUUAAAAACAACCUGGACAAAAGAAUAUCUGACAACUGCUCCCUGUCUAAUUCUCGUAUUUAAACAAAUUUAUGGUAUUUUACCAAAUAACGCCAGAAAAGUUCAUUAUUAUAAUGAAUUAAGUGUUGCGAUAGCUUCCGGAAUUUUAAUCACAGCUAUUCAGUAUGCUGGUUUAGUAACGCUUACUUCGACUCCAUUAAAUUGCGGUCCUGCUCUCCGUCUUCUUCUCAAUCGUCCGACUAACGAGAAGCUUACCUUGCUUCUUCCUGUAGGAUAUCCUGCCGAAGAUGCCACGGUUCCUUUAUUACAUAGAAAAUCUCUCUCCGACAUACUCGUUGAAAUGGAUUAAGUACCUACACGCUUCCACCUACAAUUUUAUUUCACAAAUUAAAUUAAAUUCGUCAUUAAGUUUUUCCACUCCCAUUAGUUAAUCCCCGCAUUCCUUAUAAAUCUUUCCUUUUUUAUAAUCGAAAAUAAAAAUCACAAUACUUUAUAAAUA